AUGUCAUUAAUUCACUUGGCCAACUAUUGUGCCCAUUUAAGGAAUUGUAUAAAUGCCACUCAUGCCAAAACAUCAAUCCCAUAUACUCGUUUAUUAUUACAAGCAUCCCUUGGAUUAUAUAAACAAGGUUUCAUAUCUAGUAUUCAAAAAGGAUCAGUUCAAGGACCAGAUCAAGUCCCAACAGAUGUAACUUCUGAUAAUAUCUCCACUAGAAGACUAUGGUUAGAUUUGAAGUAUAGAAAUAAUGUUCCUGUGAUUAGAGGGAUUAAUGUGAUAUCUAAACCUGGGAGAAAGAUAUAUUUAAGAAGUGAUGAGAUUAAGGCUUUAGCUUCGGGUUUCCCAGUUAGAAAGAUUAGUGCAUUGGAACCGGCUGAAAGUAUUUUUAUUAGAUGUGGUACUGAAGUAUUGGAAGUUCAAGAUGCGGCAAAGAGAAAUCUUGACGGUGAACCAUUAUUUAGAGUUAAGUAA